AUGCCGAUCAGUUACAUUGAGCCCGGAGACGAGCUGAAUCCGAUUGACCCAGACAACUUCGAGUUCGUGGGUCCCUCUUCCACUGCAGGAAAGUUUCCAACUCGUCGUUCCAAACGCAUGAAUCCCUUCCCAGAUCUGAAUACUGCUGGGUCACAACGCCGGAGGGGUGGAAACUCUCCCAUAAGAGGAGGCAGAGGAGGAAGAAGGGGCAACAGAGGUGGCCGUACCACAGUUAGGCCAAACCCACCAAGAGGUCUUCAUUUGGUUGAUGAGGACACAGAUGAUGAAGAAGGAGAUUCUACCUUUGCAGAACCAGAAGCCCAAGCUCUCUCCUCAAGCUCCACUGAGUCUUCGUCAAACGACUCACCUCCACCAGCAUCAACUCAGGGGGAGACAUCUCAGCCUAAUAUGGCAGCAGCAGCUUCUCAACCAGAAGAUGUUGCUGCACAUGUUCCAGAAGAUGCUGCUGCACCCACUGCCUCAGCCAAUGUUUCUCAAAGUGCUGCUGAGGAUGCUGCUCCCUACCAGGAUGAAGAAAUGCCUGAUUUUUCAGGGAUGUCCUCUGCCGAGCAUGUUGACAUUCCCUCUGUUGAUGCUCAGGAUUUCACUACCACUGAAGAAACACCCUCAGCACCACAUGCAGACCCUCUGGAAACUCUUGCAGAAUUAGUUGUCCAAGUAGAUACAUCACCUCCUCAGGCUGAUGAACCAGAGAAAAGUGAUGACAGCUGGGAAGUUCCCCUUGCUACCUUUCGCAAAAAUUUGCCAUCCUCAGAGUCAGACAGUGACUCGUCUGAGGAAUCCUCUCAGAUGCAGGAAGAUGCUGCCCCACGUGUUGCAUCACCUGAGCCAGCAUACAUCCCAGAUGAAUUUGAAGACUCUGAAGAAGAGGAAUCCUCUUAG